GAUUACAGUUUUUAAAAAGGCAGAUUUAUUAAUCAAAUGUAUUUUUAGAAUAUCUGACAUCGAAAAGAUUGAUGUGCUACGAAUUACAUUAGGUAUUUACCAGCCGCAAAGAAUCUGAAUAUACAGCGGCAUCACUUCGUCGGUGGAAAAAUUGACACUGCAAUGACACGGCAAGUGCUAUUUUCCGUCAUUUUCCUUUGCGUGACAGACCUCCUCCCCGCGCAGAUUCGGUACUCUAUCCCAGAAGAGAUGCCGAAGGGAUCGUUUGUUGGUAAUUUUGCGAAGGAUUUGGGAAUUGAUAUUAAAAGGCUGAUCUCAGGGAAAGCGCGCAUUGUCGCUGGUUUUAGCAGUUCUUACAUUGGGGUGGAUAUUGACAGAGGGCAGUUGGCAGUAUUGCAUAGGAUAGACAGAGAGAAGCUGUGCGAGCACACGGUCCCCUGCUCUAUUAGUUUCGAGCUGAUUCUCGAGAACCCUUUGGAAAUAUAUCCAUUAACCAUCUUUAUCCAGGACCAGAACGACAACGCGCCUCAGAUUCUCUACCCAGUACAAACUGGUGUCUCUCAGGUGGCUGAAAUGGUGCCUCGUUCAGCAGAUGUCGGCUAUCUGGUCACUAAAGUGGUGGCUGUUGAUGUGGACUCUGGACAGAAUGCGUGGCUCUCAUAUAAACUGCUGAAAGCGACAGACAGGGCGCUGUUUGAAGUGGGCUUACAGAACGGAGAAAUAAGAACUAUACGGCAGGUGACUGAUAAAGAUGCUGUGAAACAAAGACUUACUGUUGUAGUGGAGGACAACGGGCAGCCCUCUCGCUCAGCUACAGUCAAUGUUAACGUGGCGGUGGCGGACAGCUUCCCGGAAGUGCUCUCGGAAUUCAGCGACUUUGCUCACGACAAGGAUUACAACGACAACCUGACUUUUUAUUUAGUCUUGGCCCUGGCUGUAGUUUCCUUCCUCUUCAUUUCAUCUCUAGUAGUUAUAAUAUCAGUAAAAAUCUACAGGUGGAGGCAAUCCCGCAUCUUCUAUCAGUCCAAUCUCCCAGUUAUUCCGUAUUACCCGCCCCGUUACGCAGACUCUACAGGUACGGGAACUCUACAGCACGUGUAUAAUUACGAGGUGUGCAGGACCACUGACUCCAGGAAGAGUCAUAUGAAGUAUCUCAGACCCAUCAGUCAGAGCCUGGUGAGCGUUGAUGCCAGUGGCACAGAGACAAUGCCAAAGGAGCGAAGGCCGGCGGAGGGCUCAGAGCCGCCUGCUUUGGUAAGAUUGUUGGUAAAACUCUCUUGCCUGAGGGGGGUGGUGUGA